AUGUCAUCAGCUUAUAAUAAAAAAUUGGCUUUAAAUUCCUUAAAUGAUAAGCCUGUUCCUUUAAAUAUAAAUACAAAUAAUGAAAACAAUAAUAUAAAAAGAAAAUUAUUUAGAUCAUUUAGAAAUACAAGAAAUGCAUUUUGCCCAGAUUGUAAAGAAAAAGGAAUAAUUAUAUGUGAUAAUAGUGAAGGAACGCAGAUAUGUAAUGGAUGUGGGUUAGUAGUUGAAAGUAAUAUUCUUUCAGAUGAACAAGAAUGGAGAAAUUUUAAUAAUGAUGGUCAUUCAAAAGGUAAUGAUAGAAAUAGAGUGGGGGAAGCUAGUGAUAUAUGGUUAGAAAAUAAUUUAACUAGUACUACUUUUAUUAAAUCCAGUAAAAAAUUACAACACUUAAAUAUGAUGACUCAAAUAAAUAAAAAUGAUCAAACAUUAAUUGCUGCUUUUAAUAUUUUAAAAUUAAUUUGUGAAACAUUUUUUCUUCGAAGUAAUGUAAUUGAACGAGCUAAAGAAAUAACUAAAGAAUUACAAGAUUUAGAACAAUUAAAAAAUAGAAUAAAUAAUUUGAAUAUGUUGGCGGUUGUUUAUUUAGCAUGUCGAGAAGCAGGACAUAUAAAAAGCAUAAAAGAAUUAAUAACUUUUGAUAGAUCUUAUAAAGAAAAAGAUUUAGGAAAAACUAUUAAUAAAUUAAAAAAAGUAUUACCUACAAGAGCCUUUGUUUAUAAUGAAAAUAUUUCUCAUUUAAUAUACUCAUUAUCAAAUAGAUUACAAUUAUCAACUGAUUUAAUUGAAGCAAUUGAAUAUGUUGUAAAAAAGGCUACCACUCUGAUUACAACUUCUCAUAGACUAAAUUCAUUGUGCGGUGGAUCAAUUCAUUUAAUAGUUGAAUUAAAUACAAAUGAAGAAAAAAAUGUAAAAUUACCGAAUUUAUCUCAAAUUGCUACAGUAUGUGGAGUAACAACUAAUACACUAAAAACUACGUUUAAAGAAUUACUAAAUGCAUCUGAAUAUAUUUUACCAAAAUAUUAUUUAACAGAAAAUAGUCAAAAAUUGUCAUUACUAAAACAAAAAUAUAUAAGUGAAGAAAAAAAAAAAAUAAAAUAA